UGGAUAAUUGCUAACUUUUCCUGAUUGUACAUGAACUCGUCAUUUCGUUGGCAGCAACCAUACUGAAAAGAUGUCACGCUGGAAAAUGGAAGCUGAAACGUCUGAGGAAUAUUGCUAGAUAUAGAUUUAUUGGAAACUUGACGUUGAGACUCGCUCUCACAAAUACUUAAACAGCAAUCUAUAAUAUCACAAUGCACACUCUAAAUAUAGAUAAUCUAUUGAUACAUUCACAUAUAUUUAGAGUAGAAGAAAGAAAGGUUAUGCUAUGAUGUCCAAAACAACAUUUCAGAUUUGCCGACUGGAGUUGCAAGUGACAACAUCGGUAAAUCUAAAGGAGUUUAACACAGCGUGUCUUCAAGCUUCCUUGCUCCGAGAUCUGUUUAGUGGUUUAUUACCCAACCACGCGGUAAUCCACAGCACAUCGAUAAAGAUCGGGGGAUUAUAAAAACUAACGAUUCAUAACACUUAUCACGAGAGAGAUAACUCACAAUACUUCAAGAUAGAUUACUUAGACACUUUACAUUGGAUGAAAAAUUCCAGCUCGAAGUUAGACGAUAUGCCUCAGUGGAGACCUCUAUUGGGGCCCAACAAAACUGGAGUCCCGCAUUUCUCGCCUCCUGAUUCUGUGACCUAUCUGCUGCAAAGAUAUUCGCAAUACAAAAGACGACUUCAUGAAGAUCAAGUGAAGAAAACUACAGAAAAAGAACUUCAAAAAAUAAAGUCAAAAAUAGAUGAUUUAUUGAGUCACCUAGAUGUACCUGGUCCUGGGCAAAUGAGGGUUAAACAUGAUUCCAGCCAAAAGCAACAAGAUCUGAAACAUGGAGAGGAGUGUGCAAUAUGCCUGACUGGUACGCCGACCAUGAAAACGAUGCCCUGUGGUCACGAGGCAGUUUGUCGGAGAUGCUUUAUCAAAACCAUGCAGCAAGCUAUCAAACAGCGCAGCAUCCCUUUACGUUGCGUGCUCUGCAGGGCACCAAUUUAUAAACUUAUACGUCGCAAAGAACCCUUUGAGAGUGAUCAAGAGAAUGAAGUGACAGAAUUUAGCUCAAUAGAUGACUUUUUUAUGCCGUCAAAAGAUUUGAAGAAGGAUAAGGUGUCUACACCUACUAAAUCACAACCAAAAUCACCCAUUAUUACCCAUAAUGCAGUAAUGAAUCAGACGACAGGUCGAACAAAAGAUAUCCCUUCAUCGGCCAGAAUCGUAUCCAAACGUCUUCUAACACCUGUUCCAGCUAGAGUCCAAAUAAAGCGGUCAGACCAGCAGGCUCGAUAUUCUAAAUCAAGCAGGUACUAAGGACAAAAAAUGUACCAUUGAAAAUGUGUGACAGUUAUUGGGACAAGAGGGUCAGAUUUUGGAACCGUUGUAACUUAGUCUAACGAGAUAAUAGUUAGCUUGGAAUGGUAGGUUACAAUUGGACCAAAAAUGGACCCAUUAGUCAGGUAGUGGGGUUCAUUUCCCUCUCAAAAAAAUUGGAGAAGGAGAAUUUACUGCAUGGGAAAAUUAUGAACAAGUGUAAAUACUAGAUAGAUAGAAGUAUAAAGUUUUUCUGAUGUGUGUAAACAUUAAGGAUGCAAAGAUGAAAUCCAUCCACCUUUUGAAAAUCUCUUCACACAAAAAGCAAAAACCUGGAUAUACAGUAUUGUACAGUGAAACCUGUUAAGUGGAACAGCUCUUUAAGUGGAACACUUUUCAGAGUCCCAAGACCAACUGACUUAAUGUUAAAUGAACCUCUGUAAAUGGAACACCUCCCAAGUGAAACAGUUUUUAGAAGUACAACACGGCCAAAA